AAACUGAAAAAGCUGACAAUUUAAAAGCAAAAAUAAUUCUUAUUUGGAAAAGUUUAUGCAGCUAACAAUUAAACAUGGCUAAUGAUAGAGUUUUAAUAAUAGACAAUGGAUCAUACAAGUGUCGCAUUGGUUACAAUGAUUCGGAGAAACCAUUGUUGGAAUUUCGGAAUCUGGUGGCCAAGCCCCGUAAGGACAAAAAGAAAGAACCGCCUGCUGUUAUAAAUGAAAAUGCUUUUCAGAUUGGAGAUGAAAUAGAUGUCGAUGCAAUGCGUUUGUUGGUAAAAAAUCAGUUCGAAAGAAAUGUUGUUACUCAUCCCAUUUAUCAGGAACACAUAUUCGAUUACAUAUUUCGAAAGUUGGCUAAAAAUCAGGUGGAUUGGCAACCUCAAACGGUUUUAAUAACAGAGCCGCUGGCCAAUCCAAAUUAUUGCAGGCAAACGAUGAAUGAAUUACUGUUUGAAUGUUACGGUGUAUCAUCAGUGUGUUAUGGUAUAGAUUCGAUAUUAAGUUGGGAGCACAAUAAAGCUGACAAUAAUGAAAAGGACUGUAUGAUUAUAAGUUUUGGUUACCAUACCACGCACGUCGUGCCCAUACUAAAGGGAGUUUUGCAACAUGACAAAGUUCGUCGUCUCAAUUUGGGUGGUUAUCAAAUGAUAUCCUAUCUAUAUCGAUUACUACAAAUGAAAUACCCCGCACAUUUAAAUGCCAUUUCCUGGACUCGUAUGGAAGAGAUAUUCCACAAUCACAGCUUCGUUGCGUUAGACUAUAGGGAGGAGUUAAGAAAGUGGGAUAACAUAGAGUACUACAAUCAAAAUGUUAAAAAAAUUCAACUGCCGUACGUUCAACCGGCUGCAUUUAAUCCAAUGGCAGCUGAAGAGAAACUCAAAAAACGAAAAGAGAUGACGAAAAGGUUAAUCGAAGCCAAUCAAAAAAGGCUGCGGGAGAAAAAAGGAGAAGAGUCGAGUGCAGAUGCUGUAAUUUUGCCUACUAUAACCCCGGUUACAUCAAGUCGGGGUUCUAAAUUCAAGCCACCCUCUGGCGUUUCAUUGGAGGAUUGGCUUAAAGACAUAAGAAAGAAACAUAUGGAUAUAAUAGAGAAGAAAUCAAAUCGUAGUAAACGGCGACAAGAGAUGGCGAAACGACACACGGUGGCGUCACAAGAGCGUAUGCGUAUUAUUUCGCUACUAGCAUCAAAUGAAAAGGGAAGCGACGAAUUUGGCAAGGAUGACAAAGAUUGGGAUGUGUAUAAAAAAAUUAGCAACGAAAAUGAAAGUGAUAGUGAUGCCGAAAACGAGAAGCUUUUUGAAUAUGACAAUAUAAUGAAAUACCAUCAUGCUAUAAUGGAUAGAGACAGAGAAAAUAUUGAAAAUACGGCCGAACUAUAUCAGCUUCAUGUUGGUGUUGAAUCACUGAGAGCUCCUGAAUUGUUAUUUCAACCAAGCAUGAUUGGAAUGUCCGAGGCUGGUGUAGCUGAGCUUUUAAACUUUGUUUUUAAUCUGUUUAAUGCGAAUGAUCAACAGUCAUUAGCUAAAAAUAUCUUCAUUACUGGAGGGUGUUCUCAAUUACCAGGUCUUAAAACCCGACUACUUAAAGAACUGCAAGAAAUGCGUCCAUUUAAUUCGACUUUUGCGGUAAAGGAAAGUAAAAAUCCACUUUUAGAUGCUUGGUAUGGAGCAAAAGAUCUGGCCAAUUCCUUAGAAUUUAAAAACAUUUUAACUAACAAAUCUGAUUAUUUGGAAAAAGGACCAGAGUAUUUUAAAGAUUUUCCUACGAGCAACAGAUAUUUGCUAACACCAAAGAAUAUAUUAAAUUAAAUCGACCAAACAAUAA